UCUCAAGUGAUGGAAAUUGGAAGCACAAACAAAUGAUAUCGAUUAAGAUUGAUUAUAACGAUCUUCAUGCUCUGAUCGAAAGUGUUUAACGCCACGUAUAUUAAAUUUUCAAGCUUGCGUGCACCUCGACUAAUUCCACGGGAUACCUGCCACCUCCCACCAGCAACAGGUACCAGGCAACUCUGUACAUCAAGGCUAGAAUAGAUGGGAAAAAAUCACCAAAUGUUUGUCUCUGUUGGGUAUUGAAACUGACACCUCAUGAUACUCAACUCAACUUCAUUGAACCACUAGGCCACACCCUUGGGUGCCAUUUCUUUGUCUGCACAAGUCAAAGAGUCACUAUGGAAUUAGCAGACAGAACUAUUGGACUGCUUUUGACAGUGACUAGCUUGUCCAUUUUUACAUAUUAUACCUUCUGGGUCAUCAUUCUGCCAUUGGUUGAUACUGAUCAUUUUGUGCACAAAUAUUUUCUACCUCAAGAGUAUGCAAUUCUUAUUCCCGUAUUUGCUGGAAUGGCACUCGUUUGCUUGCUGAGCAUGUUUAUUGGAUAUGUGAUGCUCAAGUCCAUAAAGAAGAAGGCAUGAUGAUACAACCAUGCUAAGCCUGCUGCUAGCUGUUAGAUUAUAUGACACUUCAUAGUUUUGCUCUUGAACAGCUUGUGUCACAUAAAUUCUCUUUUCAUGUGUUAACAGUGAUCUGAAAAUUCAGGUUAUGCCUUCAAGUAGUCACUACAUAUUGACAACCUCUACUUUGUGUUUGUAGUUUUUAGGAAUGUUUGUUACCUGUACAUCUAUCCAUUAGUUUGUAUAUCCUCAUUUGCAACAUAGAAAAGUCAAGAGUCAAGAGGGGUUUAGAUUGAAAAGGCAAGAGAAUACUGCCAUUGAAGAACAAACUACUUUUUUAUAAUUUUUAGAGGUCGAUGUUUCCACUUUGGUUGGUGGCUGGGUUAUCUUUUCUAUGUUAUUCACGAUUCAGCAAUAAAGUUUAAUGAGAGUUGUUGAAGAA